AUGGAGCCUUGGAAACUCUUUCACCAUUCGCCAAACACAAGCAGCUCUCCACCAAAAGACAAAAAAUCCCAUGAAUGCUUAGAGUGUGGGAAAUCCUUUGCUCUCCAGUCUCUCCUUUUGACCCACAGGAAGGUCCAUGUGGAAAGUGGAUCCAGUGAAGGUUUGGAGGGUGAGAAAUCUUUCUCUGGGAAAAACUCCAAGGAUCUCAGAAUCCCCUCAAGACUAAACCCCUAUAAAUGUGAGGAAUGUGACUUAUGCUUUAGUCAAAAGUCAAGCCUUCUUAGACAUCAGAGAAUCCACACUGGACAGAAACCUUAUCAAUGUCUGGAAUGUCUUUGGUCCCAUGAGAAGACUCAUGCAGGAAUCAAACUAUACAAAUGCUUUGAGUGUGGGAAAUGUUUCACCCAGAGUUCAGGUCUUCAGACUCAUCAGAAAACACACAGAGGGGAGAAAAACGAAAAGUGUCUCGAAUGUGGGAAAUGUUUUACCUUGAAAUCAGGUCUGGUGCAACAUCAGAGACGUCACACUGGAGAGAGACCCUAUGAAUGCCCAGAAUGUGAGAAACGAUUUGUGUCUUCUUAUGAACUUCGGAGACACCAGAAGAUGCACAAAGAGGAGAAACCGUAUCAAUGUGGGGAGUGUGGAAAAAGUUUUAUUAAGCCAGGACAGCUUCAGAUUCAUCAGAGAAUCCACACAGGGGAGAAGCCGUACAAGUGUGGGGAAUGUGGGAAAUGCUUCUCCAGAAAAAACCACCUUGGAAGCCAUCAGAGGGUCCACACAGGAGAGAAACCCUACAGAUGCAUAGAAUGUGGGAAAUCUUUUGCUCAAAAGGGGGCCAUUUGCAGCCACCAUAAAGCCCACACAGGGGAGAAACAACAUCAAUGCAACGAAUGUGAAAGAUUUUAUAGUAGCUCAUCAGCCCUUAGAAGUCAUGUGAAAACUCACACAGGAAAAAAAAACUACAAAUGUUUAGACUGUGGGAAAGCUUUUACUAAGUCAUCUCCUCUUAUAAAUCAUAGCCGAAUCCAUACAGGAGAGAAACCCCAUAAAUGCUGA